CUUCGAUUAGUACUCUGUCAGCCUCUCAAUGGCUUGCUAGCAUGACCAGCGGCCUGUCGUGUGGCGGCGCUGUAUGUGUAGUGCACACCUGCGCCAGGACAGUCGAGUCAACCUGGAAACCGCGCAGGUCGUGAGAACCGCGCGUGGCCUCCCUCUGGACGCUUGGUAUAUAUAUAUAUAUAUAACGCCUGUGAGGUGUCUGGCAUCACACCUUCCCGCGACCAGCGACCAUUACCACCCUCAGCGACGCCUCCAGCCGAGGACGACAAAUAUCUCCAAUUUGGUUUAGCGUAGCGAGGGCCAUGAGAGUGGCGGCGACACUGGUGCUGACGGCGACGCUCCUGGCGGGGGCAGACGCAGGAUGGCUCGAAGUCUUCGCUCAGCAGCUGUGCAGGACGGAGAUCCGGUGCUACACCAAGACAUACCAAUGUGCACAGAUCCUCAACGUGUUCAACAUGCAACAGUCCAUGCUCAAUGUUCUGUCCUACUGUCGCUCUCUCCUCGGCUCCAGCACCCUCCGCCAGCCCACGCUCACACCUGAUGACCUGUUUGAUGUGAUGAACAACGUCCACGGGGAGCAGCUGCCCGAGUGUGUCCUCAAGCAGUCCGGCGUGGUGACGGAAGGAGAGGUGAACCAAGCAGCAAUCUACCUGGCCUUGGCAGGCACCGCCGUCAGCGGAGACCCGACCAAGCAGAACACCUUCUACGACGCCGUCAGCAAGUGUCCGGAGCCCAUCAAGAGCCAGCUGCCGUCGUUCUUCGCGUGUGUGAUGCAGGGGUGUGUGCAGGCGCUGUAGGCCCUCCUGGUCCUCCCUCCUGCUGCGCCGGCGUCACCCGGGCGCACCUCCUCCUGCCCUUCAGCUCCUCGCUACACUCCCGCCCUCCAUGCCCUAACACCAUGCCAAAGGCAGCGCUAAGAGGGGCUCGGCAGGGACUCAAUGGGGCUCUACAUAAGCCAUCCUUCUCACGCUGCCCAAACUCACUCCGGUCUGGCGCUGGCCAAACUCCGUCCGGUCUGGCGCUGGCCAAACUCCGUCCGGUCUGGCGCUGGCCAAACUCCGUCCUGUCUGGCGCUGGCCAAACUCCGUCCUGUCUGGCGCUGGCCAAACUCCGUCCUGUCUGGCGCUGGCCAAACUCCGUCCUGUCUGGCGCUGGCCAAACUCCGUCCUGUCUGGUGCUGGCCAAACUCCGUCCUGUCUGGCGCUGGCCAAACUCCGUCCUGUCUGGCGCUGGCCAAACUCCGUCCUGUCUGGCGCUGGCCAAAAUCACCCUUGUCUCUAUGUACCAACCUGAUUUCAAACGUUCAAUGCUUUAACUAUUCCGUGUAAGUAUUAGCUAGAGAACUCAA